CCGCCUGCUUCCGCCUUCCGGCGGGUCCUGGACUCUGCCCUGCGCGCGUGUGCCCGGCCAGUCAUGGCUCCGCUCCGUUUCUCGGCCAACGUGUCGUGGCUGUUCCCCGAGCUCCCCGGGCUCCCCGCGAGGCUCCGGGCGGCCGGCGGCUCGGGCUUCAAGGCCGCCGAGGUGGCCUGGCCGUACGCGGAGCCGCCCGAGGCACUGGCGCGCGCGGCGCGGGAAGCAGGGCUGCGGCUGGUGCUGAUCAACACGCCCCCUGGAGACCGAGAGAAAGGGGAAAUGGGGCUGGGGGCCGUGCCCGGGAGGCAAGCGGCCUUCCGAGAGGGGCUGGAACAGGCAGUGCUGUACGCCAAGGCUCUGGGCUGUCCCAGGAUACACCUGAUGGCUGGCCGAGUGCCCCAGGGAGCUGACCGAGCAGCAGUCAGGAGUGAAAUGGAGACCGUUUUUCUGGAGAACCUGAGGCACGCAGCUGGAGUUUUGGCUCAGGAGAGCCUCGUGGGACUGCUGGAGCCCAUCAACACCCGCGUCACCGACCCCCAGUACUUCCUGGACACCCCCCAGCAGGCGGCAGCCAUCUUACAGAAGGUCGGAAGACCCAACCUCCAGUUACAGAUGGACCUAUUCCACUGGCAGAUCAUGGACGGGAACCUGACAGGGAAUAUACGGGAGUUCCUACCCCUCGUUGGGCAUGUGCAGGUGGCUCAAGUCCCAGGCCGGGGGGAGCCUAACAGCCCCGGCGAGCUGAACUUCCCCUAUCUGUUCCAACUGCUGGAGGAUGAAGGCUACGAGGGCUUUGUGGGCUGCGAGUACCGGCCUCAAGGAGACACAGCCGAGGGCUUGAGUUGGCUUCGUGCAUACUGGGACAGGCGGGGCCACCCUCAGACUGGCCAGUGAGGGCCUGCCCUGCACCCCCCGGUGCCUCUGGGGGACAGGGCCCAGAGCGGCCUGCAUCUCCUGCAUUAAAGACCACCUGC